UGCUAACGAUUCGGUUAAUUGAAUUCAAUUGAAUUUGUCUGCAAAAAUGUUACUUGAUAUAAUAGAAAGAAGAAAACAAAACGAUGUAUAUUUAAUAGCAGAAAUCGGUCAAAAUCAUCAAGGAUGUCUUGAAACAGCUAAAAAGAUGAUACUGUCAGCAAAGAAAGCAGGAUGCAAUUGUGUUAAAUUUCAAAAAUCCGAUUUGAAAGCCAAGUUUACGCGCACUGCUCUAGAUCGAAGAUAUAUAAGCGAUCACGCCUGGGGUCAGACCUAUGGAGAACAUAAAGAAUAUCUUGAAUUUUCAAAGGAACAAUAUCGUCAGCUACAAGCAUAUAGUAAUGAAAUCAAAAUUGAUUUCACAGCAUCAGCUAUGGAUGAGCCAUCACUAGACUUUCUAGUGGAGUUAAAGGUACCAUUUAUAAAAAUUGGUUCUGGAGACGCAAAUAAUUUUCCACUUAUUAAAAAAGCUGCCGGACUCAACGUACCGCUCAUAAUAUCAACUGGAAUGCAAACUAUGUCGACAGUUGAUCGAAUAGUGGAAAUUAUGAGGCAGGCCAGCAACAAUAAAUAUGCUCUAAUGCACUGCGUCUCGGCUUAUCCGACACCACCUGAAGAUUGCAACCUAGGUUUGAUCACAACAUUGAUGCGGCGUUAUCCCAAUGUUCCCAUCGGGUACUCUGGGCAUGAACUGGGGGUAAUCAUCACCAAGGCAGCGAUUUUGAGUGGCGCGAGAAUAAUUGAGCGACAUUUUACAUUGGACAAGAAUCAAAAAGGGUCUGAUCAUCGGUGCUCUUUGGAUCCCAACGAAAUGGAGACGUUGGCCCGCAGCAUAGUUGAAUUUAAAUCUAACGAUUAUCUUUCCUGUCCUAGUCUUACUUCCGCUGAAGUGAUUUCAAUCUUAGGUGGCGGAAAAGAGUUAGAGCAGGCACUAUGUGAAUCUAAAACAAACAAGAAAUAUAUUUUAGAGUGCGAGCUGCCUUGUCGUUUCAAGUUGGGCAAAUCGAUUGUCGCGUCUCGGAAUCUGCUUAAGGGACAAAUAAUUCAGGCAGCUGACAUUGCAAUAAAAGUCAGUGAGCCAUCGGGUAUUUUUGCAGAGAAGUAUUUUGAAAUAAUUAAUAAGCAACUGACAGACAAUGUUAAUGAAGAUGAGCCCAUCACUGAGCAUGUGUUGAGUGCAUAAAAUGUAUUGAUUACUGUUGUAUUUUAUAAUUAUACGUAAUGAAAUUCUUA